UGGAUCUCACCUCCCUAACGCAAGGUGCUUGAGGUUCCCGCUCAGAACCUCGGUCCGGGGGGCUCUACCGUAACCGUUGAUGCUCACUAUGACUUUUUGAGGGAACCGUUUUGACUGGAACAAACAGGAAUUUACAAGAUUCUGUUUUAUUCUGGAUUUCCCUACCUGAAGUGAGGAAGAUGUUUUCGUCGGUGAAUAAACGUUGUUUUAUGAUAGAAUCAUUAGUGGCCAAAGAAAACCCUCAAACCACGGAAGAUCCCAURCGACCGAUGGCCCUGACUUAUUCUAACUCCACUGACGCUUUCAUGAACGGGUACCAGAGUCCCACCGGCAGAUCUCUGUAUCAGAACCCGGAGCUGGUGUUCCCUGAGUCGGUCAACCACCCCGGGCUGACCAUGAACCCCCACCAGCUAGGAGGGUGCCACCUKCAACACACUGCACACUUCUUUGGGACGCAACACCGAGACCCACUCAACUUCUACCCAUGGGAUUUACGAAACAGGUUCUUUGGAUACAGAUUUCAAGGAAACGAUGUUUCUCAAGAAAGCCUGCUCCUCCACCGCCCAUUCGCCCGAAAACCCAAGCGCAUCCGCACCGCCUUCUCCCCGUCGCAGCUCUUGCGGCUUGAGCGGGCGUUCGAGAAUAAUCAUUACGUAGUAGGAGCUGAGAGGAAACAGCUGUCCAACAGUCUGAGUCUGUCUGAAACACAGGUGAAGGUAUGGUUCCAGAACAGGAGGACAAAGUACAAGAGACAGAAGAUGGAGGGGCCUGACUGUCACCAGAAGAAGAAAGGAAACCACCACAUCAACAGAUGGAGGCUUGUCACUAAGCAGGGCAUCUCCGAGGACAUCGACGUCGGACUGGACUAAGACCCCAACCCUGGCCCUAUGGCCUACCCCCUGGACGCCCCUUUACCCCCCCCCUCCUUAAACCCUGGCAUGUGUCCCCUUUUGGAACACAAGAGGACCAACGUAAACGCUAGUUAUUAUGUAAAGUUAUGAAGUAUAAUGACAUGUUACAAGAAAAACAGAAUUUUAUGUUACUUGACUUGCAUCCAUCCUACAUAAUGAUCUCAUGUCUGAUCUAUGUAGGUGGUGUUCCAUCCUACAUAAUGAUCUCAUGUCUGAUCUAUGUAGGUGGUGUUCCAUCCUACAGCUUCUCUGAUCUCAUGUCUGAUCUAGAUGGUGUUCCUUCCAGACUACAUUGUUCCUUCCAGACUACAUUGCCGACACAUUCCAGACAUCUAGUCAGACAGGACAGCACCAUGAUCAUCUAGUCAGACAGGACAGCACCAUGAUCAUCUAGUCAGACAGGGACAUCACCAUGAUCAUCUAGUCAGACAGGACAGCACCAUGAUCAUCUAGUCAGAGAGGACAGCACCAUGAUCAUCUAGUCAGACAGACAGCACCAU